GCGUGUGGCGCCAAGAUGGCAGCGUUCUCCGAGAUGGGUGUUAUGCCAGAAAUAGCUCAAGCUGUAGAAGAGAUGGACUGGCUUCUUCCCACAGAUAUUCAAGCUGAGUCUAUCCCCUUAAUUCUAGGAGGUGGCGAUGUCCUUAUGGCUGCAGAAACAGGGAGUGGAAAGACUGGUGCUUUCAGCAUUCCAGUUAUCCAGAUUGUUUAUGAAACACUGAAGGACCAGCAAGAAGGCAAGAAGGGAAAAGCAACCAUCAAAACUGGUGGGGCUGUGCUCAACAAAUGGCAAAUGAACCCAUAUGAUAGAGGUUCAGCUUUUGCAAUUGGUUCUGAUGGUCUCUGUUGCCAAAGUAGAGAAGUAAAGGAAUGGCAUGGGUGCAGAGCAACCAGAGGAGUGACUAAAGGAAAAUACUAUUACGAAGUAUCCUGUCACGAUCAGGGCUUGUGCAGAAUUGGUUUCUCCACCAUGCAGGCUUCAUUAGAUUUAGGCACUGACAAAUAUGGCUUUGGGUUUGGUGGAACUGGAAAGAAGUCUCAUAACAAACAGUUUGACAGUUAUGGUGAGGAAUUCACCAUGCAUGAUACAAUUGGAUGCUAUCUAGAUCUAGAUAAAGGGCAAAUAAAGUUUUCCAAAAAUGGUAAGUUCUUUCCUUUUCUUUUUGAAAUCCCACCACACGUAAGGAACCAAGCACUCUUUGCAUCCUGUGUUUUGAAGAAUGCUGAACUGAAAUUCAAUUUUGGUGAAGAUGAAUUCAAAUUUCCACCAAAAGAUGGUUUUAUUGGUCUUUGCAAAGCUCCUGAUCGUGAUGUGGUAAAAUCCCAGCACACAGGAAGUGCACAGGUGGCUCAAACACAGAACCUUCCUAAUGCUCCUAAAGCAUUAAUUGUGGAACCAUCCAGAGAGUUAGCAGAACAAACUCUGAACAAUGUGAAACAAUUCAAAAAAUAUGUAGAUAAUCCCAAAUUAAGGGAACUGUUGAUUAUUGGUGGUGUUGCUGCAAGAGAUCAGCUGUCUGUAUUGGAACAAGGUGUAGACAUAGUUGUGGGAACCCCUGGAAGACUGGAUGACCUUGUGUCAACUGGAAAGCUUAAUUUAUCUCAAGUUAGAUUCCUGGUUCUUGAUGAAGCUGAUGGCCUCCUCCUUCAAGGUUAUUCAGAUUUUAUAAACAGGAUCCACAGUCAGAUUCCUCAGAUAACUUCAGAUGGAAAGAGACUGCAGGUGAUUGUGUGUUCUGCAACUUUACAUUCCUUUGAUGUAAAGAAACUGUCUGAGAAGAUAAUGCAUUUUCCCACCUGGGUUGAUUUAAAAGGAGAAGACUCUGUCCCAGAAACUGUGCACCAUGUAGUUGUACCUGUGAAUCCCAAAAAUGACAAACUGUGGGAAAGACUUGGCAGGAAUCAUAUCAGGACUGAUGAGGUACAUGCAAAAGAUAAUACACGACCUGGGGCUAACACUGCAGAAAUGUGGUCUGAAGCUAUUAAAAUCCUAAAGGGAGAGUAUGCUGUUCGAGCAAUCAAGGAACACAAGAUGGAUCAAGCAAUUAUUUUCUGCCGAACUAAAAUAGACUGUGAUAACUUGGAGCAGUACUUCAUCCAGCAAGGAGGAGGCCCAGAUAGGAAGGGACAUCAGUUCUCAUGUGUGUGUUUGCAUGGUGACAGAAAGCCUCAAGAAAGAAAACAAAACUUGGAAAGAUUUAAGAGAGGAGAUGUCAGGUUCUUGAUCUGCACUGACGUAGCUGCUAGAGGAAUUGAUAUUCAUGGUGUUCCUUAUGUUAUCAAUGUCACUCUUCCUGAUGAAAAACAAAAUUAUGUUCAUCGAAUUGGCCGAGUUGGCAGAGCUGAAAGGAUGGGUCUGGCAAUCUCUCUUGUGGCAACAGAAAAAGAGAAGGUUUGGUAUCACGUUUGUAGCAGCCGUGGAAAGGGAUGCUAUAAUACUAGACUGAAGGACGAAGGAGGUUGUACCAUAUGGUACAAUGAGAUGCAGCUCUUGGGAGAGAUUGAAGAGCAUCUGAACUGUACUAUUUCCCAAGUUGAGCCAGAUAUUAAAGUACCAGUAGAUGACUUCGAUGGGAAGGUUACAUAUGGACAAAAAAGAGCUUUGGGCGGUGGUCUUUAUAAAGGCCAUGUGGAUAUUUUGGCACCUACAGUGCAAGAGUUGGCUGCCCUUGAAAAAGAAGCUCAGACAUCUUUCUUGCAUCUUGGCUACCUUCCUAACCAGCUGUUCAGAACAUUCUGAUUGUGUCACACUUCAGGCAAGACUUAAGUAAUAGAGGUUACACACUGAAAAUACUGAAAUCCUGUGCUGCCUGUGAGCAGCAGUAUUUACAAUAACUCUAAAAAUAAAUAAAAUAAACUCACUAUUCUUGCAUGUCAAACAGCAUUGUUCAAGGAUGUAGACUGUAUUAGCUAUCUUAAAAGUUGACCUAAUAAAAGAAGAAUUACUCCCAAAUAA